AUGGAUGAGAUUGCCCCCGAGUACGAUGUCGUUGUGCUUGGCACCGGCUUGACCGAGUGUAUCCUCUCUGGUGUGCUCAGUGUCAAGGGCAAGAAGGUCCUCCACAUUGACCGCAACGACCACUAUGGCGGCGAGGCCGCUUCUGUCAACCUCGAGAUGCUCUUCAAGAAGUAUGGCAACUACGAACAGGGCGAGGAGCCAUGGAAGAAGUACGGCCGUCUGAACGACUGGAGCAUCGACCUCGUCCCCAAGUUCCUCAUGUCGUCGGGCGAGCUCACCAACAUCCUCGUCUCCACCGACGUCACCCGUUACCUCGAGUUCAAGCAGGUCGCCGGCAGCUACGUUCAGCAGGGUUCCGGAUCCAAGGCCACCGUCGCCAAGGUGCCCUCGGAUGCCGCCGAGGCCCUCAAGUCGCCCCUCAUGGGAAUCUUUGAGAAGCGCCGCAUGAAGGCCUUCAUCGAGUGGGUUGGCACCUUUGACGUCAAUGACUCGGCCUCGCACAAGGGUCUCGACAUCAACACCUGCACCAUGAAGGACGUCUACGACAAGUUUGGCCUCGAAGCCACCACCAGAGACUUUGUCGGCCACGCCAUGGCCCUGUACCUGACCGACGACUACAUUGACGCUCCCGGCAGCGCCCCCGAUGCCAUCAAGCGCAUCCGCCUCUACGGAAACUCGGUCGCCCGCUACGGAAAGUCGCCUUACAUCUACCCCCUCUACGGUCUCGGCGAGCUGCCCCAGGGCUUCGCCCGCCUCUCGGCCAUCUACGGCGGCACCUACAUGCUCAACACCAACGUCGAUGAGUUCAUCUACGACGGCGAGAAGGUGACGGGCAUCAAGGCCACCAUGACGGGCGUCGAGGAGAUGAAGUUCGAGACCAAGGCCGGCAUGAUCAUUGCCGACCCCUCGUACUUCCCCGGACACGCCAAGGUCACCGGCCACGUUCUCCGUGCCAUCUGCAUUCUCAAGCAUCCUCUCGCCGGUACCAGCGACUCGGACUCGGCCCAGCUCAUUAUUCCCCAGUCCCAGGUCGGCCGCAAGAACGACAUCUACAUUGCCUGCGUCUCGUCGGCUCACAACGUUUGCCCCGCUGGAUACUGGGUUGCCAUUGUGUCCACCAUUGCCGAGACUUCAGCCAACCACCACCUCGAGCUCCAGCCUGGUCUCGAGCGUCUGGGCAAGAUUGAGGAGCAGUUCAUGGGCCCCCCUAUCCCCAUCUACGACCCCACCGACUCUGGCUCCAAGACCAACGUCUUCCUGUCCAAGAGCUAUGACGCCACCAGCCAUUUUGAGACGACGACGGACGACGUCAAGGACAUUUACCAGCGUGCUACGGGCAAGGAGCUCGAGGUUGAGGGACUCAGGGAGGGACUCACCGUUACCGAGGAGUGA